CUCUGGUGCGGUUGUAUAUAUAUCAGUUCGAUUCGGGACCGAGUCGCGUGCGAUCUGAAGAUGACUUUUUCCACCGUGGACAUCACAGCCGAUAAGGAUGGCGGCAAGUCCAGGGACAAGAAGUGGCCCUGGUUCGGAGCUCCUCUCUAUGCAGCCGCUGCCUUUGCCCUCUUUUAUGCCGCCGUUCUGCCCAGCUUCCACAGCUACCCAAAGAUGCUUUACGUGAGCGAGGAGGCCCAGCAUCCGGACGAGUUUAUUGGUGAGCGGGCAAUGCGGCAGCUGGCCGAGUACUCGGCGAUUGGAAACAAGAUGAGCGGCUCCAUUAACAACGAAGUCCAUGUGGUCGACUUCCUGCUGCGAGAAAUUCAAAAGAUCAUUGACGAAGCCCGCACGGAUCUGUACGACAUUGAGGUGGACAAGCAGUACGCUUCUGGCGGCUUCUAUCUCUGGGAUAUGACCAUUGCCUACAGGAACCUCUCCAAUGUGGUAGUGAAAAUCUCCCAGAAGAGUUCCACCAACGAUAAUUAUUUGCUGGUUAAUUCCCACUACGACUCGGAAGUGGGAACACCUGCUGCCGGCGAUGAUGGCGUCAUGGUGGUAGUCAUGCUGGAAACCCUCCGAGUGAUCUCACGUUCGGAGAAACCCCUUAUCCACCCGGUGGUCUUCCUGUUCAAUGGUGCAGAAGAGGCAUGCAUGCUGGGCUCCCAUGGAUUUAUUACCGAACACAAAUGGGCCAAGAAUUGCAAAGCCUUGGUCAAUCUGGACUCCACUGGAGCUGGCGGACGCGAAGUUCUCUUUCAGACAGGACCCAACCAUCCUUGGCUGGCCAAGUACUACCAUCAGAACGUGCCCCAUCCCUACGCCCAAACCCUGGCCGAAGAGCUAUUCCAAAACAACUUUAUUCCAUCGGACACAGACUUCCGCGUGUUCCGCGACUAUGGCGGUGUUCCCGGCCUAGAUAUGGCUAGUGUAAUGAAUGGAUAUGUGUACCACACGAAGUUUGAUAAUUUCCGGAACGUGGAGCGUGGCACAUACCAGUCGACGGGAGAGAACGUACUGCCCCUGGUCUGGGCCCUGGCCAAUGCUCCUGAAUUGGAUGACACUGCCGCACACGAAAAGGGUCACACCGUCUACUUCGACUUUAUGGGCUGGUUCAUGCUGACCUAUACAGAAUCUGUGAGCAUAGCCAUCAAUUGGGUGGUUUCUGUGGCCGCCUUCGUCUGCAUUGGCACCUCGGUGUGGAUCAUGACCCUUGACAAUAGCUCGGAUGCCCCAAAGGCAGUCAUCAUGCGAUUCGGCAUCAUCUUUCUGGUGCAGGCGGGUACCUUCUUCGUGGCCUGCGGCUUGACGAUUCUGGUGGCUGUCUUCAUGCAGGGCGUGGGACUAGCCGAGUCCUGGUUCUAUGGCAAGUGGAUGGCCUUUGGCCUGUACUUCUGCACCCUGUACUUUGCCUUCGGACUGCUGCCCUCGAUUUACAUUGGACUUACUAAGAGAAAGACGAACAUGAAGUUGGAUCAGACCAUUAUGUGCUUCAUGCAUGCCCACUGCAUCCUGCUGGCACUUCUCUGCAUCAUCCUAACCAGCAUGGGAAUCCGCUCCAGCUACUUUUUCAUGGUGGCCAUCUUUUUCUACGCCAUUUCGGUGUUGGUACAGAUCGUCCUUAAGCUGACGCUGAAAAAGAGCUACUUUGUGACGGUUCACUUGCUGUGUCAGAUCCUGCCUUUCUGCUUUUACACAUAUAUCUGCUAUGCCACACUCGUGACUUUUGUGCCCAUGCAGGGUCGCGAUGGUCCCGACAGUAGUCCUGAUAUUAUGGUCUCUGUAUUUGUCAUUGCCACAGGAAUCAACUAUGCUGGCUUUGUCAUUCCCAUCAUGCACAAGUUCCGCAAACCCAAGAUCAUAUUCUCCUCCUUCGGCGUGCUUACGAUUAUAUUCAUUAUAAUGGCUGCCACUUCGGCAGGUUUUCCGUUUGUAAAGGAAGUGGCACCUCAGAGGUAUUACGUAUUGCACACCCUGCGAACCUUCCACAAUUUGGAUGGUACCACCAAGCAAGAUUCUGGUUUCUAUAUUCAGCCAGUGGAUACCCGUAUUCACGAACUGGAUGACACCACUUUCAAGAAUGUGGAGCCUGCCAGUUGGACAGCAGCUACCUGUGCCGCCGAACCCUUCUGCGGUCUGCCGCUUUACAGUGGUCGUUGGGUAGACUGGAAAGACUCUGCUCUUUGGAUCUAUAGCUCUCCACCUGUACUUCCAAUAGAUAUAGAGCUCACCCAGGUAUCCAAAGAAUCCCUGCCAAAUAACAAAGUGCGCUUCGAGUACAGCCUAAAGUCUAGUGAUCGAGUUAUGAUGUACAUAGCUCCCUUCGAUAAUGUCAGGGUCACGGACUGGUCCUUUGACCGGACUCCCCUGGAUGAAGGACACACUCCACCCUAUCUGAUCUAUUACAUUUACUCACUAAUGGAGGAGCCAUUCAACUUUUGGGUGGAGCUUGAACACGAGGAAAGCAAUACCAAUGGACCGUACUUCAAGCUGGUGGUCAGCGAGCACUUUGAAUACCAUCCAGAGCACUACACCGAGGACUACAAGGAGUUCCUUGCCACUUUCCCCGAUUGGACCUACACCACCGACUGGUUCUCGGCCCUGGAGAGCUGGGUAGUCUAGGC